GUAAUGUUAUUGUAUGCAUAUGUCUUGUAAUUCAGUUGCGUGAAAAGCAUUCAUUUCAGGUGGAUCCCCACUAUUUGUCAAAAGUUUUAAUUAUCCAUCAGCAUUACGUCUUGUGUUCGUUGUUUUUACAAGAAAGCUUUAACAAGGAAGGCAACUGUUUACUGGCUGUCGUCAUUGAAAUCAAUUAAAUAAAGGAGAGAGAGAGAGAGCGAGAGAGAAAGAGAGGCAGUCGAAGUAGAUUGGACUCGAUGUAUAUAUAUUUUAAUAGUCUCUUACUCUCUCUCUUUCCCUCUCUUUGUUAACGUCAGCAGAGAGAAAUUAGUUUCUAUUUCUAGUUACUCAAGUAAUAUGAAAUGCACUAGAAAGCCUUUCCCGAGAAUUGAACUCUAUUUUAGAUCUGAGAGCAGCAGGCAAAGAGCGCGAUAAGCAUUGCAGGUGCUCCUUUCUCGCAAGAUGGCUGCUCCUAACAACGAGAAGAGGAGAAACGCAGCGAUGGAACCGUCUUCUAACCCGACCACAUUACCACCACCACGAAUCGAAGUGUGUGGACCGCCACCCAACAACCAAAUAUUACUGUCAGAACCACAAGAUCAACAACAGGAAGAAAUGUGCCAAACAGACCAUCUUAACAAACAACUGUUGGAAGCUUUCCUUAAAAGAAUAAACGAUUCGUCGCGGUUUCGAUCCGAGAGCGGCGACCCGGCGUUAAGCGAUGACUCCGGGGACCCCCUUACUUCAAGCAACGGAUCUAACACAAACACUGCUACCGACACAUUCUGAUAUUUUUAUUACUUUUAUUAUUAUUAUUAUUACUACUACUAUUAUUAUUAUUGUUGUUGUUGUUGUGUGCGAAAGAAAGAUGUGAUAUUUUAUUAUCAAUGUUAAUUACAUUAAUUGUUUGUUUCCCCCCACACACACUUAAGGAUGCAUUCAUCGUUAACCUUUCUCCCAAUUAAUCUCACACCAUGUUACUUUAGUUAUCUUCUUGCUUAGGUGAACUCUAGUUUAUCUUCAUUAAUUUGCUUUACAUACAUUCGUCUUUACAGACAACAAAAGGGAGAAAAAAAAGAAUAUUUCUUUUAACGAAAGAAAGAAUGAAUGGGGGAAAUCGGUACAGAAUCACAUCCAGACACAUCUAACGUUUAAACUGUUGCUGAAACACAUCGGAUCUCUGUUAAAUGUUUAAUACAUUUUUAUAUCUUAAAUAGUGAUGCAUUGACGGAAAUAGUUUAACAUUCUACAUUUUUUUCACAGAUCUUUAUAUUAUUGUUGUUGACGUUGUUUUAUUAAAGAUUGUUAACAUAUGAAGUGGGGAGGGUUGUUUUUGAAAACUAAUUAAUCUGUUAUACCCGCCUCAUUAAUAAAAUCUUCGAGAGGGAGAAAAAAAAAGUGUAUAACACAUACAUUCGUAUAUAAUACUGUGUGUAUAUAUAUAUAUCUAUAUAGUGGGCAGAUUCUACUUUCAUAAUUCUAAGUCUUCUUGUUUGUCUCAUGUUUGUUUGUUUGUGAGGUUUGUUACCAGAAACACAUCUUCUCUCUCAUCUUCACGUUCAUAAACAUUUCCCUGGACCUAAAAAGAAACAAUCAUCCGUCGAUCUACCAUCAAGGAAUGUCAAAACAACUUCACAAGAAUCUUAAACUGCGAGUUCUUUCUUCUCAUCCCAAUCAUUUAAAAUCAUUUUCUGUAAUAUAACAGGACAAGAUCACACAGAAAGAAAACCAAAAUAUAAACCCACAUCCGAUUUAUACAGAAGAAACAUAAUUACAUAAACCAUUCAUAGAAAUAAAAUCUAACUUUAACUACACUCAAAAUUCUCGAAAACCAAAACAUUGACAAGGCAUUUUUACAUUAAAAGAUCUCGACAUUUUCCCUUCCACUUUGUGUUUUCUGUGAAUAUCGGACGAAAUAUUUGUAUUAAUUGCCAUCAAUGAAGUCCGAUAUCUUUUAAAUUUCUGAUGUUUCAUUCCUCUCACCUAUUAUAUAUAUAUAUAUUUUAUUUAUACAUCAAAAGUUUUUCACUUGAAAAUAAUUAAAGCCAUUUAUUCACAGUUAAUUUCCCUUCCCUCGUUUAUCUCUCUCUCUUUCCUUCUCUCUGUUCUACCAUACACAACACCACCAAUAAGUCCGUGGAGCCUUAAUUACUGGCGGCUAUUUAUUAUACAACAGACGGAGCUAUGAUAAUAUGUUUGUGUGUAUAUAUAAUUCACUUUGAAUCAACGCUUAUGUACGUGGCAAAUACUUCGCUUCAUUAAAGGAACUUUCUAGAAGAUUCUUCAGAAAAGUCAUGAACAGAAAAAAUAUUUUGUCAGUUGGUAUCAGUGGGGCUACAAACAGUGGGAAGUCUUCUUUGACAAAGAAACUUGCAGAAUAUUUUCCUAAUUCAACCAGUUUCUGUCAAGAUGAUUACUUUAGAAAAGUCGGUUCUAAAAACCUGGAGCUAAUUCCAGAACUGGACUGUUACAACUGGGAUGUCCUUUCAGCUCUUGAUACUGAUAAAAUGGUCACUGAUAUCAACCAACAAGCUUCUUCAUUAGCACAGACAGACAAAACAGUGCACCUCCUUCUGGUUGAUGGAUUCCUUAUAUUUAACCAUAGACCCCUGAGUGAAAUGUUUGACAGGAAAUAUUUCCUCACUGUCUCAAAAGAUGUCUGUAUAGAAAGACGAAGCAAUCGUGUUUAUGACCCUCCUGACUGUGACGGAUACUUUGAAAAAAUAGCAUGGCCCUAUUAUCUUAAAAACUUGGAAGCGAUUUCAGAUCAAAAAGAUAUUGUUUACCACGACAGUGAUUCUAAUUUCUUACAAAUAUUUGAAACAAUUAAAGACGACAUCGCUAAUUUACUAAACACAAAAGAAAGAGAUCUUUGUUGACACCUCACCAUCAUAAGAAACAUAUUUAAAGUUCUCUAGAUUUUUUUUUGUCCUAAUUUUUCAAAAAUUUUAGUUUUUUAAACUGAAUAAUUUCUAUCUUUUUUUUUUGCAGUUUAUCCAGUUUUUGUAAUUAAAAUCUUUCAUACAAACUUCA